AUGAAGUUUCCCAAUCUCUCUGUGCUUUUGCGAGCACAAAAUGGCCUUGGGUACUUGAUCAUCAUCUCCAUUCAAUUUGGUGUCCAGCCUUUGCUUGUGAAGCAAUUUAUUGACAAGCAGUGCGUGACAAGUUCGGUGGUCCUCAGCGCAGAAUUGGCAAAGAUUGUGGGCUGUUUGUUCAUCAUGUUUUCCGAUGACACCGCUGAGCGUUGCUUCCGCAACUGGAAACUUCAGGACUGCCUGCUGGCGGCAGGUAUCCCAUCGGUGACUUACCUCAUCCAGAACUUUUGCGUACAGGUCGCAUACCAAAACUUGGAUGGCGUUGUUUUUAACGUCUUAAAUCAGUCAAAAGUGCUAUUUACGGCGUUCUUCUCCUUCCUUCUAAAUGGAAGGACCCAGUCUCUCUUCCAGUGUAUAGCCUUGGUGCUGGUGACUGCUGGUGGCAUAUUGGUCAGCCUGCCUGGCGGAUCAAGCGAAGCUCACCAGGAGAACCGCGCCUGGGGACUCGUUUGCGCCAUCUUCGCCAGUGGCCUCUCUGGCUUUGGUAGUGGCAUCACGGAGUGGGCGCUGCAAAAGCGCGGUCGGAACAGCUUUCUUUUGUCUUUGGAGCUUGCCACGAUGGGAUGCCUCAUCCUCGUCACCACGCUGCUACUGGGUUUGUCGCCAGACAGUGUUAGGAUGAAGGAGUUUGGCUUUUUCGCUGGGUGGCGAGCCACCACGGUGAUUCCAGUACUCACACAGGGCCUCGCUGGAAUUAUUGUAGGAAUUGUGACGCAGGUUGCUGGUGGAGUGCGGAAGGUCAUGGCGACCAUUUGUGGAUUAAUCCUCACUUGUUUGCUUCAACAGGUUCUACUGGGCCUGCAACUUUCGUGGUUGGUUCUGGCUGCUGUGCCUUUGGUGGCUGGGGGCAUCUACCUUCAUUCCGCUGACCCGGAUGAUCUGCAAGACCUCUUGCGACAUGUGCGUCGUGCUGUGGAGGCCGGCUACCCGCGCACCCAAGUUCUUGCCAAGUGA